UCCCUCAGUCUCCUGCAAUUUAUCAAAUGUGCCUUUAAUUUUGAAAUAUAUUUUGAAAGGUUUAAUUGCUUUAUUUCGUAUAACAUGGUUUUUUUAAUACAGAAAAAGUUUUCAUGGCCACUGGAACACAAGGUUACGGUGCGAUGUAACUUUGAAAGAAGAGGUGCAUCAAAGAUGUCUCAGCUACUACAAGAUGUUCGCAAAGACUUGGAGUAUAGACCGGGUUGGAUUGGAGCUGAUGUGUGGCAGCAGUUAUUUGAACAUUGGAAUUUGUUAAAGUUUAAAAAAGCAUCUGAGACAAUAAAAGAAACCGGUCUUCUAUGGAUGGCGCAUCUCUUCACACUGGAGGGUCUAUUCCUCAUUGUUUGCAUUGGAAAAGAAUGAGAAAGGAAAAAAAGGGUGCAGAUCCAUCAUUGACCGAGUUCUAUUUUUGCACACAUCGGAAAAAGGAUCAAAGUUGGGUUGGAGUUCAUGCUGAAUCUGCAUAUGAUAAAUUUGAACAAAAAAAGUUGGAGAUUUCUUCUCAGAAUCCAACUAUUCCAGGAGAGGACGAAGCUAAUAGUCAACCAACUAAUGAAAUGCCACCUGAUUUGGAUAUAUGGGUAGAGUCGGUUGGAAAGAAGAAAGGGAAUAGGGUAUUUGGUCUUGGAACCGCAUCUAAGACUUUGGUUUCUGUAUCAAGUGACUGUUUUGAGAAGUCAAGUCCAUGCCUUAAAUGCAUCGUUGCAAAGACAAGAACAAGAGAAGAUGGUGAUGAGGCAACAAUUGCAUCGACAAGAAGAAAAGAUGGCCGAAGCGAAUAAUAAAAUUUCAUUUUUAAUGAAUCAUUUAGGAUUUGUUGGGUCUUCUUCUCAUCCACCACAACCCACUAAUGAAAGUGAUCACGCAAAUGAAGAUGUCGUCGAUGAAACAAAUGAAGAAGACCUUAGUAAUGAAAUUUGAUUUGUACUUUUUUCAUUUUGACUUAGUUUUUACAUUUGUAUUAUCUUUUUAACUUGUCAAACAAAUGAUUAGUAAUAAUUUGAUUUUUUGAAUCAUUUUUAGUAAUGACUAUGU